AUGGUUUUCUCCAUGUCGCUCUCCUCGGACAUGCUCCGCGGUGCCCCCAAAACCGGGAGCGGCGAAGGCUGCGCAGCUGCCCGGUCCCUCCGCUGCCGAGGGAGCGAAGGGCUCGGAGCUAGGAUCUCUGGGCCUCGGGGGGACGGGCAGCAGCCUCCCCUGGGGACCCGCGGGAACGAGGGCUCUGGCGCCGGCUCAGCUUCGGCGGGCGGCUCUAGGCGGGCGGCAGCAGUAGCAGCGGAGGCGGCGGCCCCUGAGGACAAGCCUUUGUGCUGGGCCCCGCGCGGCCGCCUCCCAGCCUCAUCCCCGGCCGGGGAGGAAAGCUCCCGGGGCAGGGCCAGGCGGGGAGGGCCCCGGCUCGGGACGCUGUGCAGGGGCCUUGCAGGGCCGCCGCUUAGGCCCGGGCUCGCCAGGUCCUAG